AUGCAGGGCAGCGGCGUGCUGCGGCCGCGUGGAGUGACGGUGUACUCGCCGAACGCAGCAAAGACGACGUACGCGUCAGUCAAGCCGAUGCGGGUCCGGCCCCGCACCCUUGUUGUGUGCCCGGUCAACGGUGCCGUUGAUCAGAACAACCGCCCGCAGAACGACCUCAACAACAACCUGCAUCUCCUCAUCAAGUCAUCAGUUGCCCGCUACGCCACAAUCUACGAGCGGCGCGGCUAUUCCCAGCGGGCCAGCUACGCACGCGCCAUCGCGAACCGGGCGUCGGCGGCUCUCGCCCAGGCGCUGUCGUCGUCGACGGCCGAGUGCCCGAGCGGCCACCGCAUGACGGUGUGGCGGACGUUCACCGGGUACCGCAUGGCGAUCCGCGACAACAAGGGCCAGUUCCUGUACAACCCGCUCCAUUGGGGCGACACGACGCCUGUCACGUACUGCUACUGCACGGUGACAAAGGCUGACAGUGCGGCUCGUAAGAGCGCCCUCCUGAAGAAGAUCGAGGCGAACAAGAAGCUCACGGAUGCCCGGCGUCGUCGCCAGAUCGAGCGUGCGAAGAAGCUGAGAGCCAACCGCAACCGUCUCCGCGCCCAGAGCGCGGCGAAGAGGCGUGCGGCUCAGCGCAAGGCGCUUGCUGCCCGCCGGCGCGCUCGCCAGCAGGACCAGUGCCGCAAGUAG